UUGAAGAUGCGCAGAUCCAGGUGUGUUUUGAUGUCAGUGCUGCUGAUGAUCGCCGAUGGUUUGAUUGUAAAAGGUCCCUCUGGUCCUCUGGUUGCUCCUCUGGGAUCCUCAGUGGUUUUGUCCUGUUCUGUUGAUGAACUUUUAUCAGUGAAGGAUCUGGAAGUGGAAUGGAGAAGAACAGACUCUGAGACUUUAGUUCAUCUGUAUCAGGACGGUGAGAGUCGAACAGCAGCCCAGCAGCAGGAUUAUCAGGAUAGAGCUCAUUUCUUCACUGAUCAGAUUCAACAUGGAAACUUCUCCCUCCGUCUGGAUGAUCUGAGAGCUGAAGAUGAGGGACAGUAUAAAUGCAAAGUUUACAUUCAGCAAGAGUCUGGUGAGACUGUGGUUCAAAUAAAAGUUAAUGCUGAGCGUUUGCUAGUAUCAGGUUCAGAUCAGCACAUAUCUUCGUCUGUGGGUGAAGACGUCACUCUGAGCUGCUCUGUAGACUCUCACAUCCCACCUGGAGACUUUGAAGAGGUUUCAUGGAAGAAAACAGAUGAAGAUAUUCAGGUUCUGCUCUACCAAAACAAUGAGGCACAUUCAUCAAAUGAGCGAUACAGAGACAGAGUUAAGCUCUUCCCUGCUGAAAUCCACAAAGGAAACUUCUCUCUCAGACUGAAGAGCAUCAGAACUGAGGAUAAAGGAGUUUACAUGUGUAAGGUGUUUGCUGGAGGACUCUCAGCCAAUGCAACUGUAGAACUGGAGAGACUAGCUCCAGGCUCCAUCAUCAAAGCCGCCGCUCUGCUCAACCAGCCACAUGCUCUCCACAACGCUGAGGCUUAA